CUAGUUUGCUGGGUUGGAUACUGUCCCUCUGCCUGAACUAGUUUGCUGGGUUGGAUACUGUCCCUCUGAUGACUGAACUAGUUUGCUGGGUUGGAUACUGUCCCUCUGCCUGAACUAGUUUGCUGGGUUGGAUACUGUCCCUCUGCCUGAACUAGUUUGCUGGGUUGGAUACUGAAUCUCCAUGUGGCUCCUGGCUAGUUUGCUGGGUGCUGGGUUGGGUACUGUCUCCAUGUGGCUCCUGGCUAGUUUGCUGGGUGCUGGGUUGGGUACUGUCUCCAUGUGGCUCCUGGCUAGUUUGCUGGGUGCUGGGUUGGGUACUGUCUCCAUGUGGCUCCUGGCUAGUUUGCUGGGUGCUGGGUUGGGUACUGUCUCCAUGUGGCUUCUGGCUAGUUUGCUGGGUGCUGGGUUGGGUACUGUCUCCAUGUGGCUCCUGGCUAGUUUGCUGGGUGCUGGGUUGGGUACUGUCUCCAUGUGGCUCCUGGCUAGUUUGCUGGGUGCUGGGUUGGGUACUGUCUCCAUGUGGCUCCUGGCUAGUUUGCUGGGUGCUGGGUUGGGUACUGUCUCCAUGUGGCUCCUGGCUAGUUUGCUGGGUGCUGGGUUGGGUACUGUCUCCAUGUGGCUCCUGGCUAGUUUGCUGGGUGCUGGGUUGGGUACUGUCUCCAUGUGGCUCCUGGCUAGUUUGCUGGGUGCUGGGUUGGGUACUGUCUCCAUGUGGCUCCUGGCUAGAGCAGGAUGUAAGCUGUUUCUGGCUUGUCAGACACAUGACCGUCAACCAACACACUGGUAGACUAUAGUUUUAUUUCAUGAAUAACUGAAGAUGGGGAGUAUUUACUACCUUAAAUACCACAUAUCAAAUCAUUUUUAUUUUUUAACUUAUUUUUUAAAGUUAUUUUACACACACUAACCAUUUAAGUAUUUUAAUGUUUCCUUCUGAAACCGGUUGAAACUGGCCAUUUCAUGACUGUUUCCUUCUGAAACCGGUUGAAACUGGCCAUUUCAUGACUGUUUCCUUCUGAAACCGGUUGAAACUGGCCAUUUCAUGACUGUUUCCUUCUGAAACCGGUUGAAACUGGCCAUUUCAUGACUGUUUCCUUCUGAAACCGGUUGAAACUGGCCAUUUCAUGUUUUUUUGUUUUAGUUAUUUUUCUCUGGUGUUUUUUUGUUCAAACAGAUUGCAGAUUGUUGAACUGUUGUCCAUCACCAUAGUCCAUACAUCAACCCCAACUCAUAACUUUAGACAUAUUACUUGUCUUUCUUUACCCCUCUGUUGUCUAAUAUGUUCCAUUGUGUGUUGUAAGUCUGUGGUAGUCAUGUCUGUUGCACAUCUGUGUUGGUCUAUGAAGGAAAUUGACUUCAAAUAAAAUAAAAUGCAGUUUUAUUUGUCACGUGCUUUGUAAACUACAGGUGUAGACUAACCGUGGAAUGUGACCAAAACCUGGAAAUCUGAUCAGAAAGAAUGCAAGAAAGAAAAGAUUGAGAAUGCAAGAACAUGGAUAGAAAGAUGGACAGAGUGGUUUUGGUUAAGGAUGGUCUCCACAGGUCCCUGAGCUCCUCCGGUCCUAAAGGUCUACUCUCCUUGGGAGACUCUACUUCCCUUUCAACUCCUGUAUAACUACUGAAAUAGUUUCUGGCCUUAUUGAGCUCAGUGGCUAGUUAUUGGAGGGACUUUCUAAGACCAGGGCAAACCCUCCUGUAGGCAUUGGUCCCAUCUAGAUCCUGGCCAAACCCUCCUGUAGGCAUUGGUCCCAUCUAGAUCCUGGCCAAACCCUCCUGUAGGCAUUGGUCCCAUCUAGACCCUGGCCAAACCCUCCUGUAGGCAUUGGUCCCAUCUAGAUCCUGGCCAAACCCUCCUGUAGGCAUUGGUCCCAUCUAGAUCCUGGCCAAACCCUCCUGUAGGCAUUGGUCCCAUCUAGAUCCUGGCCAAACCCUCCUGUAGGCAUUGGUCCCAUCUAGAUCCUGGCCAAACCCUCCUAUCGCUCUGGUUUGUCCCCCUGCAGAGGAAGAGGAGCAGACUGCCAUGUCAGAGGCCUGGGACGUGGACCCGGGUCUGAUAACCAAACUCAAAGAGGAGUACAGGAAGGAGCGCAAGGGGAAGAGUAAGUCCUCUCUCCAUGCCGCCUCCUCCUCUUCCUCUUCUCUCUCUGUAGAGUAAGAGAAAUAGAAACAAAAGCCUUAAAUCAAGAACAAGCAUCUUGUUCUUUUACUUUAGCUGCUCUUUCUAAGCUGUCUUCAGCUCUCUUUCCUAUUUCCAUAGCUCUGUCUUCAGCUCUCUUUCCUAUUUCCAUAGCUCUGUCUUCAGCUCUCUUUCCUAUUUCCAUAGCUCUGUCUUCAGCUCUCUUUCCUAUUUCCAUAUCUCUGUCUUCAGCUCUCUUUCCUAUUUCCAUAGCUCUGUCUUCAGCUCUCUUUCCUAUUUCCAUAGCUCUGUCUUCAGCUCUCUUUCCUAUUUCCAUAGCUCUGUCUUCAGCUCUCUUUCCUAUUUCCAUAGCUCUGUCUUCAGCUCUCUUUCCUAUUUCCAUAGCUCUGUCUUCAGCUCUCUUUCCUAUUUCCAUAGCUCUGUCUUCAGCUCUCUUUCCUAUUUCCAUAGCUCUGUCUUCAGCUCUCUUUCCUAUUUCCAUAUCUCUGUCUUCAGCUCUCUUUCCUAUUUCCAUAGCUCUGUCUUCAGCUCUCCUUCCUAUUUCCAUAGCUCUGUCUUCAGCUCUCCUUCCUAUUUCCAUAGCUCUGUCUUCAGCUCUCUUUCCUAUUUCCAUAGCUCUGUCUUCAGCUCUCUUUCCUGUUUCCAUAGCUCUGUCUUCAGCUCUGUCUCUUUAUGUAAACGUUGUCUGUCUGUGGAUCUGUUUGUUUUGCUAUUCCUUUAUAUCCUCCAAUGCCUGCUCCAUUCUGUUCUGUCUCUAGUUUAGAAAUGAAUGUGUACACUGCUAGCUACAGGGUAUCAUUCCCCAUGAUAUUACCAUUGUCAUUCUUAUUUCAGUCUACAGAACCUCUAUUGGAGUUAGUCUGCCAGGAUUCAAACCCUAACUGAAUCAUAUUGCACUCAACCUACUCAACAUACCUAUCUUCUAGUAGUGAUGGAAGGGCAUAAACAACACUUAGAAUCCACUCUGCAACCUUGAAAGACAAGACUAUUUAAGUUGUGGAUGUCAUGAUACAGAAACAAGACAGAGAUGCCCAGCCCCAUGUUCCUACAUUAGCAUCAGUCGUUAUCCUCUCCAUGUGCCGUGAUUCUGUCCAGAUUCAUCCUGGGAUCAUUUUCAACUACAGCCUGUCUUUUCUUGCUCUUUUGUCCUCACCAAAUGAUAUUUCUGUUGUGUUGAUUUUUGAUGUGGGGGUGGUGAGUAUUCAGGAUGUGUGUUCAGGGGCAGGGGCAGGUAGAUACGAUCCCUUGUGGUCGCAGCUCUACUACCUGCCAAGCCAAUUUCACUCUGAUUGAGUUCCACAUGGCAUCCACUUCCCUUUAUAGUGCACCUGUUUUCACCAGGGCACAUAGGGCUUCCAUUUGGGACACAGCUUCUGACUUUGUACAUGAUAUUGUCCCCCUACCUGUCUUCCCUCCCCCAGGACCUAACCGGUCUAAGCUCCAGGACAUGUUAGCCAACCUGAGGGACCAGGAGGACAUGAGUCCCAGAGAACCCUCCUCUACCGCCCAGGCCCACUCCAACGCACCAAGGAUCAAUGAACAGCACCAGGACAACCGCACUGAUGAAGGUACUGUCCCUGUCUCUGUCCCUGUCCUUGUCCCUGUCUCUGUCCCUGUCUCUGUCCUUGUCCCUGUCCCUGUCCUUGUCUCUUUCCUUGUCUCUGUCCCUGUCUCUGUCCCUGUCUCUUUCCUUGUCUCUGUCCCUGUCCCUGUCUCUGUCCCUGUCUCUGUCCUUGUCCCUAUCUUUGUCCCUGUCCUUGUCCCUGUCCUUGUCUCUGUCCUUGUCCCUGUCUCUGUCCUUGUCCCUGUCUCUGUCCCUGUCUCUGUCCCUGUCUCUGUCCCUGUCUCUGUCCUUGUCUCUGUCCUUGUCUCUGUCUCUGUCCCUGUCUCUGUCCCUGUCCUUGUCCCUGUCUCUGUCCUUGUUUCUGUCCUUGUCCCUGUUUCUGUCCUUGUCUCUGUCCCUGUCUCUGUCCUCGUCUCUGUCCCUGUCCCUGUUUCUGUCCUUGUUUCUGUCCCUGUUUCUGUCCCUGUCUCUGUCCCUGUCUCUGUCCUUGUCCCUGUUUCUGUCCUUGUCCCUGUCUCUGUCCUUGUCCCUGUCUCUGUCCUUGUCCCUGUUUCUGUCCUUGUCCCUGUCUCUGUCCUUGUCCCUGUCUCUGUCCUUGUCCCUGUCUCUGUCCUUGUCCCUGUCUCUGUCCUUGUCCCUGUCCUCUGUUUUUGUCCCCUGUCGCUCCCUGUCUCGUCCUUGUCCGUCUCUGUCCUGUCCCUGUCUCUGUCCCUGUCUGUCCUGUCCCUGUCUCUGUCCUUGUCCCUGUCUCUGUCCUUGUCCCUGUCUCUGUCCCUGUCUCUGUCCUUGUCCCUGUCUCUGUCCUUGUCCCUGUCUCUGUCCCUGUUUCUGUCCCUGUCUCUGUCCUUGUCCCUGUCUCUGUCCUUGUCCCUGUCUCUGUCCUUGUCCCUGUCUCUGUCCUUGUCCCUGUCUCUGUCCUUGUCCCUGUCUCUGUCCCUGUUUCUGUCCCUGUCUCUGUCCUUGUCCCUGUCUCUGUCCUUGUCCCUGUUUCUGUCCUUGUCCCUGUAUCUGUACUACCAUAUAUUUUCCCAGUGCACAUCUUGAAUUUUGACGAAGGUACUGUACCUCUGUCCUUGCCUUUGUUGGACCCAGGGCUCGUCUAAACUAGGUGUUGGAUGGUACCAUGUAUUUGCCCAGUGUUAAGAUAUUGAGUGUAAUGAGUAUCCUGCAGGUUACUGGUGGAUUGAUUUAAUUGACUGCCUCCAUCUCUCUUCCAGUGGAGGCCUUGACGUUCCCUCCUUCCGCUGGGAAGUCCUUUAUCAUGGGUCCUGAUGAGAACAUGGAGGCUGAGAUGGGACUGGGGGAGCUGGCUGGACUCAGCAUAGCUAAUGAGGCUGAUAGUCUGGCCUACGAUGUAAGUAUCCAUCUACCUCUGUGGGAGGAGGACAGGAGGAAGAGGGGGGUGUGAGCAGGGACUGGGGGAGCUGGCUGGACUCAGCAUAGCUAAUGAGGCUGAUAGUCUGGCCUACGACAUGAGGAGGAUCUGGGGUAGCCUAAAUACAAUCAGCACUCUCCACUAGCCAAGAACAUGAUCUGUGUGCUUUACAUUACUGAUGUCUGUCCAUUCAAUACCUUCCUCAACUAAUAUGCUUUCAGGUUAGGGUUAGUAUUAUAGUGCUCUUACACUACUAUAGUCCUGCUGUUGUCCUGGGGAAUUUACAGUACUAUAGUCCUGCUGCUGUCCUGGGGAAUUUACAGUACUAUAGUCCUGCUGCUGUCCUGGGGAAUUUACAGUACUAUAGUCCUGCUGCUGUCCUGGGGAAUUUACAGUACUAUAGUCCUGCUGCUGUCCUGGGGAAUUUACAGUACUAUAGUCCUGCUGCUGUCCUGGGGAAUUUACAGUACUAUAGUCCUGCUGUUGUCCUGGGGAAUUUACAGUACUAUAGUCCUGCUGCUGUCCUGGGGAAUUUACAGUACUAUAGUCCUGCUGCUGUCCUGGGGAAUUUACAGUACUAUAGUCCUGCUGCUGUCCUGGGGAAUUUACAGUACUAUAGUCCUGCUGCUGUCCUGGGGAAUUUACAGUACUAUAGUCCUGCUGCUGUCCUGGGGAAUUUACAGUACUAUAGUCCUGCUGCUGUCCUGGGGAAUUUACAGUACUAUAGUCCUGCUGCUGUCCUGGGGAAUUUACAGUACUAUAGUCCUGCUGCUGUCCUGGGGAAUUUACAGUACUAUAGUCCUGCUGCUGUCCUGGGGAAUUUACAGUACUAUAGUCCUGCUGCUGUCCUGGGGAAUUUACAGUACUAUAGUCCUGCUGCUGUCCUGGGGAAUUUACAGUACUAUAGUCCUGCUGCUGUCCUGGGGAAUUUACAGUACUAUAGUCCUGCUGCUGUCCUGGGGAAUUUACAGUACUAUAGUCCUGCUGCUGUCCUGGGGAAUUUACAGUACUAUAGUCCUGCUGCUGUCCUGGGGAAUUUACAGUACUAUAGUCCUGCUGCUGUCCUGGGGAAUUUACAGUACCAUAGUCCUGCUGCUGUCCUGGGGAAUUUACAGUACUAUAGUCCUGCUGCUGUCCUUGGGAAUUUACAGUACUAUAGUCCUGCUGAUGUCCUGGGGAAUUUACAGUACUAUAGUCCUGCUGCUGUCCUGGGGAAUUUACAGUACUAUAGUCCUGCUGCUGUCCUGGGGAAUUUACAGUACUAUAGUCCUGCUGCUGUCCUGGGGAAUUUACAGUACUAUAGUCCUGCUGCUGUCCUGGGGAAUUUACAGUACUAUAGUCCUGCUGCUGUCCUGGGGAAUUUACAGUACUAUAGUCCCUGCUGCUGUCCUGGGGAAUUUACAGUACUAUAGUCCUGCUGCUGUCCUGGGAUGCAAAGGAUUGCAGUUCACUUAGACUUUAUCUACCCACAAUCCAUGGUGUUUCCCCUCCUCAGAUCUCCAACAACCAGGAUGCCCUGAGGAGGACGUGGAACCCCAAGUUCACCCUGCGUAGCCACUUCGACGGGAUCCGAGGUCUGGCGUUCCACCCCGUAGAACCGAUUCUAGUCACCGCCUCAGAGGACCACACGCUGAAGAUGUGGAACCUGCAGAAGACUGCCCCCACCAAGAAGUAAGACUGACCCUUUGUCUAAUAGCACCAUAAUAUUGACCCUAACCAGCAGAAGACAACAGGGAAGACUACAACUCAGUGUCUACUUCACUAAAGCAGAGACUUAGACUAGAGACAUUGCUCUCACCAGGUUUGGAGUCAAUUCCUCUCACCAGGUUUGGAGUCAAUUCCUCUCACCAGAUUUGGAGUCAAUUCCUCUCACCAGGUUUGGAGUCAAUUCCUCUCACCAGGUUUGGAGUCAAUUCCUCUCACCAGAUUUGGAGUCAAUUCCUCAUUGAGGAGAAUUGGAAUUUCAGUUUACUUCCUGAAUUUACUGAAUGGAAAUGGAAUUGACUCCAAACAUGGUGAGAGCAAUGUCUCUCACAGAAAUGUAUGAUACCUUUAUACAGUCCACAUGAUGUCUAGAAAGUUUACAACUGUCUAACUCACAAUUUCUCUGUGUCUUCAUCUCCAGGAGUGCCUCUCUUGACGUGGAACCCAUCUACACGUUCAGGGCCCACCAGGGUGCAGUGCUGUGUGUAGUGAUGAGCAGUACAGGAGAGGCAAUGUUUCAGUGGAGGGGUGGACGGGACCAUUCAGAGCUGGAACACCCCGAACCCUAACGUAGACCCAUAUGACUCAUCGGAAGAAAAAAAAAGGUUUGGUGCCCUUUUCUUUGUCUGUUUCUCUUUCGCUUUCUUGUUUCCCUUUGGGGGCCCCCGUUUUUGGCCCUUUGGGCUUCGUUUUUUCUUUCGGGCCCCCCGGGUUUUUUUGCCUUUUUUUGGGGGCCCCCCUCUUCUUCCUUCUCCGCUCCUUUCGCCCCCCGUUCUCUUUUUUUUUUUCCCUUUUCUCUUUUUUCCCCCUUCUUUCUUCUUCCUUCUCUUUCUUUUUCGGCCUCCUUUUUGUCUUUUUCCUCUUUUUUUCCCUGCCUCCCUUUAGUCUCUCUUUCCUUUUUUUCUCUCUCUUCUCUUUUUUUUUCUCUUCUCUUCUGGUUCUUCUUCUUUUCUCUCUUCUUCUCUUCUCCUUCUCUUCUCUCUUGUUUCUCCUCUCUCUCUUUCUUCUUCUUUUUUCUUUCUCUUUUUCUCUUCCUUUUCUCUCUUUUCCCCCUUUUCUCUUCUCUUUCUCUCUUUUUCUUCUCUCUCUGUUCUCUUCUCCUUCUCUCUCUCUCUCUCUUUCUCCUUUUUUUUUCUCUCCUCUUUUUCUCUCUCUUCUCGCUUCUCUCGCUCUUCCUCUCCUUCUUCUCUCUUCUUCUCCUCUUUUUCUCCUCUGUUUCUCUCUCUUUUUUCUCCUCUCCCCGUUUUUCCUUUCCUCCUUUUUCUCCCCUUUUUUUUUUUUCUAAGUUUUCCCGGGGGCUCCCCUGCUUGCCUUUGGGGCGGGGCCCGUCAGGCUGUGGGACGCCUCCAAUACCAAGCCUGCCCUGGCCACCUUCCACAAUAAAGGUGCACUCAGACUUUGUUUUCAUCUUAAUUUGCCAUAUUGUGUCAUUCAAAUUAACUUUAAUCCUACACCGCAUGAUUUGUGUUGUAUGUUUAUGAUGUUCAAAUUCUUUGGUGAAAUCAACCAAUAUGGUUCACUGCUUCAGAGUUCGGCGUGCCCUCGUCAGUGGACCUGGUCUGCAGUGAGCCCGCCCACAUGGUGACAUCAUUCACCAGCGGUCACAUUGGCCUCUUCAACAUGGAGACACAGCAACUGGUGCUCAACCUGGAGUCCACUGCAGAGACGGGUAGGUCUGGAGGGAGGGAGGAGGGGUGGGAGGGAGGGAGUUUGGGAAGCCUCCAGACCAUUUGUUAAAAAAGUAAAGAAACCCAAUUCUAUUUGAACCCAGUUCUGGAAGCCUUUACGGCUAAUAUGGUCUAUUAUUUAGUGUACAUGGUCCUUGGAGCCGGAUAUGAACCAGCGACCUAACGAGCUGUCUCUCCUCUCCCCAGGUACCCCCUGUCAGAUCAACAGGGUGCUGAGCCACCCCACCCUCCCCAUCACCAUCACCGCUGAGGAGGACAAACACAUAAAGUUCUUCGACAACAACACAGGUAACAGCCAUUUUGCUGGUCUACAUACAAACGUUUUUCACUCCAGCAGUGUCCUCCACGCAGAACUAAAUCGGAUCUUUACGGUCCUCCAUCAGUCCCUACUUAAAUCUAAAAGUAUUUGGAAUCUCGCAGUCUUCCAGUUUUUGCCACAUCCUGACCGUUUGGUUUCUCACGGCAAUUUGUUUUUAUAGAUGUUUUUAAAAGCGGAGUGAAUUCAGUUCAACUACUGCACUCACAGAAAGCUUAACCUUCACACAGAAAGCAGAAACAUUAAAUUAACAAAUGUUGUCAAUUUGAACUCUUCAGGAAAGCUGAUCCACUCGAUGGUGGCCCACCUGGAGGCAGUUACCAGUCUAGCUGUCGACCCCAACGGGCUCUAUCUGAUGUCUGGCAGUAAGUAGCUAACAACUCUAGAUCAAUGAUUUCUAACAUCCUUAGCUAGAUAGAUACCUUGUCAUUCUGCAUGUUAUGAUAAUAGCAAUGGUUGGAGAGUCCAUGUGAGUAUAUGACAGACUUUAUAAAACAGGAGAGGGCCCAGAACUGAGCCCUGGGGGACACCAGAACUGCAUACUUUAUAAAACAGGAGAGGGCCCAGAACUGAGCCCUGGGGGACACCAGAACUGCAUACUUUAUAAAACAGGAGAGGGCCCAGAACUGAGCCCUGGGGGACACCAGAACUGCAUACUUUAUAAAACAGGAGAGGGCCCAGAACUGAGCCCUGGGGGACACCAGAACUGCAUACUUUAUAAAACAGGAGAGGGCCCAGAACUGAGCCCUGGGGGACACCAGAACUGUAUACUUUAUAAAACAGGAGAGGGCCCAGAACUGAGCCCUGGGGGACACCAGAACUGUAUACUUUAUAAAACAGGAGAGGGCCCAGAACUGAGCCCUGAGGGACACCAGAACUGUAUACUUUAUGUAAACUGCCUUGUCGCCCACCUACUGUUCACUUUUCUCUCCCUUACUUCUUCCCUGUCUCCUCUCCUCCCUCUCCGGUUGACUGCUCUAUUCGUCUGCUCUCGUUCCCCUCCCUAAUCCCUCUCUCCUCUCCUCCCUCUCCGGUUGACUGCUCUAUUCGUCUGCUCUCGUUCCCCUCCCUAAUCCCUCUCUCCUCUCCUCCCUCUCCGGUUGACUGCUCUAUUCGUCUGCUCUCGUUCCCCUCCCUAAUCCCUCUCUCCUCUCCUCCCUCUCCGGUUGACUGCCUCUAUUCGUCUGCUCUCGUUCCCCGCCCUAAUCCCUGUCUCCUCUCCUUCCUCAGGUCAUGACUGCUCUGUUCGUCUGCUCUCGUUCCCCUCCCUAAUCCCCCUCUCCUCUCCUUCCUCAGGUCAUGACUGUUCUAUUCGUCUGUGGAACCUGGAGACUAAGACGUGUAUCCAGGAGUUUACAGCUCACAGGAAGAAGAACGAUGAGUCUAUCCAUGACGUGGCCUUCCACCCCUCUAAGGCUUACAUCGCCUCCGCCGGGGCAGACGCUCUCGCCAAGGUGUUCGUAUGA